AUGGCGAACGGUGUAACGGCAAAUUCUAUGCGUGUGAGUGUCAAGGCGCCCGACUUGGGUGCGUUUCCACUCGACCACUACCGCGAGUGCAAGAACCAAAUUGAGGCCUACUACAAGUGCCUGAAAAGCAACGACUACGUUGCUCCAAUGUGCCGCGAUCAGGUGCGGGAGUACCUGCAGUGCCGCAUGGAUCGCGGCUUGAUGAAGUCGGCGGACCUCGACGGCUUUGGCAUCCCCACGACGGAGUUUGUCCCAACUAGGCAGCAUCGAAUAGAUUUAAAGCAGCAGUGGCUGCGGCAGAAGAUGAACCAGGUGACAGUGGUAUGGGAAGAAAACUACAGGAGGGACGAUCUGCAGGUGCCGGACGGCUACGAGCGAGACAAGGGUGGUGGUGGUGGUGAGGAUAAAAAAAACAAAGAGCCAUAG